CUCACCUCGCUCUCAGACCUACAAGAUGUCCUCCAGGUCUCUGCUCGGCCUGGCCGUCGUGCUGCUCUGUCUGCAAGUCGAGCUGAAGGCCCACCACUGGAACGGUCUGUUAUUCCAAUUGCUGGGUGGGCAGCCAUUCUACUGGGGACCUCCCAUCCUGAGGAUUCCCUUCUUUAGCAACGAGACAGUGAGAGAUGCUGCAGCCGAUCAACUUCUCAACUAUAUGGGAGGGCGCAAGGUGACCAUACCCCUGACGAGGGGAUCAGGAGCUCCGAACCCCGACAGAGGUAACGUCCUCACGGUGGGACCUCGAGGGCCGAUCCUUCUCCAGGACGUUUCCUUCAUCGAGGAGAUGCAGCACUUCGACAGGGAAAGGAUUCCAGAACGGGUAGUACACGCCAAAGGUGGAGGUGCCUUCGGCUACUUCGUGGUCACUAACGACAUCACCCGGUACUCGAAGGCCACCGUGUUCUCGAAGAUUGGUAAGAAGACGCCCAUUGUGGUCAGGUUUUCCACGGUCAUCGGUGAAUCCGGAAGCGCAGAUACACUCAGAGAUCCAAGAGGGUUCGCCAUCAAGUUCUACACCGAUGAAGGUAUCUGGGACCUUGUAGGAAACAACACUCCGGUCUUCUUCGUCAGGGAUCCUCUCAUGUUCUUCUCCUUCAUUCACUCCCAGAAGAGGAACCCAGUGACCCAUUUGAGGGACUAUGAUAUGUACUGGGACUUCUUAAGCUUGCGACCAGAAUCUCUUAUGCAGGUGAUGAUCUUAUUCUCAGACAGAGGCAUUCCGGAUGGCUUCCGACACAUGAGCGGAUAUGGUUCCAACACCUUCAAGCUUGUAAACGAGCACAAUGAAGCUGUUUAUUGCAAAUUCCAUUCCAGGCCAGUACAAGGAGAAAGGAACAUCCCGGUGGACAUCGCCCAGAAGUUGGCUGGUAGUGACCCAGACUACGCCAUCAGGGAUCUUUAUAACUACAUCGCGGAGGGGAAAUUCCCGUCCUGGAACUUUUACAUUCAAGUCAUGACUUUCAAAGAAGCCGAAGAGUUCAGGUGGAAUCCAUUUGAUGUAACCAAGAUUUGGCCUGAAGACGAGUUCCCCCUGAUAGAAGUUGGCACAUUCACUCUGGAUAAAAACCCCCGCAACUACUUCACAGACAUCGAGCAAGCAGCCUUCAACCCAGGUAACAUGGUACCAGGAAUCGAACCCAGUCCAGAUAAAAUGCUCCAGGGAAGAUUGUUCUCCUACUACGACACACACUUGCACCGACUUGGAACGAACCACCUCCAACUGCCAGUGAACUCACCUUUCAGGACCCACGUGUUCAACACCCAGAGGGACGGUGAGAUGUGCUACAGGGACAACCAGAACGGAGCUCCCAACUACUAUCCCAGCAGCUUUGUUCACAUGCUCAACAGCAAACGAGCAAGGCCUCCACCGUUCUCUACCACUGGGGAUGUGGAUAGGUAUGACUCCUCGAAUGAUGAUAAUUAUAGCCAGCCUGGAAUGAUGUGGAGGAAUAUGACAGAAGGGGAGAGGAUGAGAUUGGUUAACAAUUUGGCGGAUCAUCUUCGCAGAGCAUCAGCUUUCAUUCAGGAGCGACAAGUUGGACACAUCUUUAAGGUAGACCAAAGGUUUGGUUCCUUGCUUGAGACUAAAUUGCAAGCUUUCUCAGCGAUAUGAAUAAUCAAAAACCUUUAAAAUAAAUAAUGAAAGGUAGUUUAAUUUUUAAAUAAUUAAGUGGAAUUAAAAUAAACACUUAAAAAUGUUCAAUAUUUUCUAGUGUAUUUAGUUUUAAGAAACAAUGAUUUGUGAUUAACUGAUUGUAAUUUAUGUCUACACAAAUUAUCAUUAGAGACUGUUUUAAUGCUUUAUAAAUUAUAAAUUUGUAUAUAAAUAAGAAUUAAAAUAUGUUGUAAUUGUUUC